AAAUUAUGUUCAAAUGCCUAUUAAAAUAGUUCCUACUCUUCAGAGGAGUAAAAGUGACACUAAAAAAACGUAGAGGGUCAAAUAGGAUAUUUUGAGUGAAUUAGGAGGUUCAGAGUUGAGACGUUCACCACAACUCAUUCAGCAAAAUUUCAAACGGUGAUUCAGCCGCCGGUAAACCGAAAUUCCGAUGUCGGGAGAAGUUGAGAUGAGUUCUGAAAAGCAAUCACGAAGAGGACUAUCAUGUGCUCCUUACUUCGAUGCACUCUGGUUCUGCUACUCUCCAGUUCAUCAGAUGCAGCAGUACUACAGACUUGGUGCCCUUGAUAAUUGUAGUAAGAAAUGGAGUGGUCUUGUUGAUUGUCUGACUUUAAAAACCAAAAGGUCUUCUGAAGUAGAGGAAAUUUUGGAAACACGUGAAAAAGCAAAGCCUCACCUGUGGACGACACGAACCCCUGAAGAAGCCGCAGCUCAUUGGAAAGAGCUCUUUGACCAUCUAGAUGAAGAGUAAAAAAUUCAAGGACAUUUUCAUCAGACAUUUGCCCAAUCGAUACGAGAAGGUCUAUUUUAUACUCAUUAGAAAUAAUUUUCUUCCCAUUGAAUUCAUGUUUCAAUCAUGUUAUAGAUCACUUGUUAUUAUCAAAGAGUGAGUUUCUGAAGAGGCACCAGUUUUGGAAUGCUAACCACAACAAUACAAAGAGAUGGAACAAUACUUUUAUAUUUCUUUCUUUAAUGUUAGUUUAGGCCUGUA